AUGAUUAGAUUAACAUUCCCAUUAUAUUGUCAAGUAACAGUUGCAUUGACAGCAUUGGUAAUCUAUCAUGCACAUUCAAAAUAUGAUCAAUUUUAUCCAACUGGUGUUUAUUUAGCCACAGCAAAGCAUGCAUUAUUAAUAAUUACAAAUUUUGCAAUUGUUAUGGCAUAUUUAAUUGGAAAAUUAGUUAUUAAAAUAUUUUUAGAAAAAGUACAUGAAAGAGAAUUAGAUUUAUUAAAUGAUAGAUUAAAAACAUCAAUCACAGAUACAAUUUUGGCAUUAACAAUAUUUAGAGAGCAUUUUAAUGCUCAAUUUCUUGAACAUUCACCAUACGAUUUUAAAAAGAAUGUUAAAUUAUUCACUCUUUUAACAAUAUUAUUAUUCUUUGAUCUUAUAUUCUUGUAUUUUGCAGUCAAUUCAUUAUUUGAACAUGGUAUUAAUGCAAUGAUGUUAUUUAGUUUAGAGUAUGGAUUAUUGUUAGUAUCAGUAAUAUCAACAAUAAUUUCAUUCUUUAUAAAUAUUGAAGGUAUAAAGAGAGAAGGAAGAUGGGAUCAAAAAGGUUUAUACAUUUUAUAUUUAGAAUUCUUUUCAGAAGGUAUUAAAACACUUAUGUAUGCAAUGUUUUUCGUUGUUUCUUUAAUUCAUAUUGCAUUACCAAUUCAUAUUAUUAGACAAUUAUUUAUAUCAUUUAGAACAUUUUAUCGUAGAUUCCAAGAUUUAUUACAAUAUCAAUCAAUUAUGAAUGAAAGAUUCCAAGAUGCAACCGAUGAAGAAUUGGAAAACUCUGAUAAGAUUUGUAUUGUUUGUAGAGAGGAUAUGACAUCUGGUAAAAAGCUACCAUGUGGUCAUAUCUUACAUUUACAUUGUCUAAGAUCUUGGUUAGAGAGACAACAAACUUGUCCAAUUUGUAGAGCAUUGGUAAUUGUUGAUGAUCCAAAUCGUCCAGUAAGUUUAUUGAAUAGACUAUUUAGAAGAAGACCACCUGUACAACCACCACCACCUCAACCUGCUGCUGCUGCUGUUGCUAAUGCUGUUCCUGUCGUUAAUGCUAUUCCUGUUGUUAAUGCUGUUCCUGUUAUUCAACCUCAACAACCUAUUCAACCUCAACAACAAAGACAACAACCAAAUAUUAGACCUUCUUCUUCUUCAUCAUCAUCACAACAACAAAGAAUAAGAGUUGCACUUAAUGAUAUUGGUAAUAAUAUUAAUAAUAGAAAUAUUAAUAUAAGUAAUAAGAGAGUGAAUUUAUCGAAUAUUCCACUCAGUAAUCCAGUAACAAUUAAUCCACAACUUCAAAAUGAUAAAGAUGUAGUUUUACAUAUAAUGGCAAUGCAAAAUCAUAUUCAAUUUUUAAAUUCUCAAUUGGAUCAUAUUAAAAAUUAUUUAAUAGUUAAAAAUAGUUCAGAAAAUAUAGAUAAUAAAGAAAGUGAUAAUAAAAAUGAAAAUGAAAAAGAAAAUGAAAAAGAAAAUGAAAAAGAAAAAGAAUCUGAAAGUGAAAAGGAUAGUGAAAUUGAAAUUGAAGGAUCAUUAAUUAAAAAAGAUCAGGUUGAUAUUGAUAACAAUGGUGAUAAUAAUAAUAAUAAUAAUAAAGAAAAUAAAGAAGAUACAGCAUUAAUAGAAAGAGAUGAUGAAAUUAAUAAAAAUCAUACCGACACAACAAAUAAUACAGAUAAUAAUGAUAAUAAUAAUGAAAUCAUUGAUGAUGAUAUUAAAAAUGAAGAAAAUGAUAAAAAGAUUCCAACAGCAGUUGCAGAAGGUGAUUUAAUUGAUGAAACAGGAACUAUAAUGGGUUCACCUCAUACAAAUCAACCAACCAUUCAUGAUGAACAAAAAGAAGGAAAGAAAAUAGUCACCAAUGAUUUUAUGGAUCAAUUAAGACAAAGAAUAACAAAGUAUAGAGAAAAUGAAUCUAAUGAUGAUAACAAUAAUAUGUUUAAAUCAUUGUUUUUUAUUUUCUCCCAACCAAUUUUGUUCUUAAAUCACCUAUUUAAUAUUUCCAAGAAAAACUUUCCCGCCAAAAAAAAAAUAUAUAUUUUUUUUUUUUUUAUUUCCACAUACAACAAAUAA